AUGUUCUUGGACUGCAAACACCAGGGUCAAAAUCUAUCUGCUCUCCUCGACCAGUUUAUUUGGACCGUCUCUCAGGCACUGGGCCGGGGAUACUUGGCGAUUCGGGACCUCAUGCAGAUCAGCCCAACUGCGCUUGAUCGUGUACUGGAGGUCAACAAGCAGGCUCCUAUGCGCCUGGAUAUCUGGGUCCGUGACAAGAACCAAAAGUGGUGUCGUCAAUCCCCAGAGACCCCGGCCGUUUCGUCAUGGGACGAGACAUUUACGUACGGGGAGCUCGACCGUCUGGCGGCAAAGCUCGCAUCCCUCCUGAUAUAUUCUGGGGUCCGUCGUGAGAAAUUUUAA